AUGUUACAAGAACAGCUACUUUCCUUCCCGAAUGGAUUCUCCAUCGAAUCUCCCUACAUACUCUACAUGGAACCCGCCUCUUCCUCAAUCGACCUAUCGUCUGGCAUAGCCCGCGUUCUCUGGGAUACAAUUGUUUUAGCCACAUUUUUUCACUCAGUCACAUAUUGUCCGUCCACUAAGGUGAGUGAGCAUAAUGUUCCGAUGUCAUUUAUGUUGAAGCCGAAUGCUUUCCGGCUAGUUGCUCUGUCUCCAAGUCGUAUCAUGUGA